CAGCCAAGCGUCCUGACGUCACUAGAAACGACUGCUGUCGUCUUGACUUGAAUUGUAGAGUUGAGCGGAGGAAAGAGUCGGCAGGAAGGCAACUUUUUGACUGGAAUAACCCCGAAAAUAACACAAAUAAUAGCAACCGCGCCGGUCGAAUAUGGCUCCAGUGACUACCGAAGGAGCCACCGAGGAUUCUCAGUCAACAGUGGCGCGCAACGACAGCGAAGAAGCCGCAGAUACCGGUUUCGAGGACCAGGCCGUGUCGGACUCCACACGGGAGCCGGGUAACAAUGAAGAGGACGGGGCAGGAAUGGACGCCAGUGGUGGUCGCGGUGAAGAACACGAGGGAAACACGUUGCUGACUCGCGACGACUGCAAAGACACGGCUUCCCCGAGCGAAGGGGGCCACUACGGCCGAGACGACAAACUAUCCGAAGCGGGGAAAAGUCCCGCACAGGGGAGUCUGGCGAGUAGUCCCGAGUCCGCCCAAGAGGGCUCCCGGGUGCUGAGACAAGAACAAAGAGAGGGAGGGAACGUGUCUCCCUCGCCGCCUCCCGAGCACACAAAGGCGGCGGAGAAACACGAGCACGGCGUUAAAAGACGAGCCAGCGUGGAGCUCACCUCGUCGGACGGAGAGCCGCUAAGUCGGAUGGAUUCCGAGGACAGCAUCAGCAGCACCUUAAUGGACAUGGAGAGCACGGCAUCGAGCGGCCGCUCCACGCCGGCAAUGCUCAACAGUCAUGGCGGCGGCAACGGCACGGUGCCGGUGAACGGCAAGUCCAGCUACACGUGCUGUUGGGAUCACUGCCACCUGCAGUUUUCCAACAGUCCCGAUUUGGCCGAUCACAUCCGAGCUACGCAUGUGGACGAUCAGCGGGGAGGGGUGUUUGUGUGUCUGUGGAAGGGCUGUAAGGUUUAUAACACCCGGUCCACCAGUCAGAGCUGGCUGCAGAGACACAUGCUGACGCACAGCGGCGACAAACCAUUCAAGUGUGUGGUUGGAGGCUGCAAUGCCACUUUUGCCUCUCAGGGUGGGCUGGCACGUCACGUUCCCACUCAUUUCAGCUCCCAGAGUUCGUCCAAGGUUUCCAGUCACGGCAAAGUGAAGGAGGAGUCUCCGUCCAAGGCGGGCCUCAACAAGAGGAGAAAGCUCAAGAAUAAACAUCGGCGCUCGCUCCCCCGUCCUCAUGACUUCUUCGAUGCCCAAACCAUGGAUGCCAUCCGCCAUCGAGCGAUAUGCCUCAACCUGGCAACACAUAUUGAGAGCCUGGGCAAUGGACACAGUGUGGUGUUCCACAGCACGGUAAUAGCAAGGAGGAAAGAAGAAUCUGGCAAAGUGAAAGUUCUUUUACACUGGACACCUGAAGACAUACUGCCAGAUGUUUGGGUGAACGAGAGCGACCGACUGCAGCAGAAGACCAAGAUCGUGCAUCUGUCCAAGCUACCAACCGACACGGCUGUACUCCUCGACCCAAAUAUUUGCAGGUACGUGCAUCAGAGUAUGAGAAAAAACAGCAUUUAGAAAUGGAAGAAAUACAAGCUAAGACUUGUGGUCAUAACUCGUCGCCGGAAGUGUUCCUCUGCAAUGGCAGGUCUUCUGAAAAAGGUACGGGUAGAGGUCAAUAUUUCUUCACUCGCUCCAUUGAGGUCAACCGGCCUGGUCGGACUGGCGGUGGCCCAAAAUCCACAUGAGCGGCUGAAGAUUCUCUACUCCAAAAUCCUGGCCUCUCUGCAGACCAUGCCGCAGGAUGCUGCCUACAGGAAGUACACUGAACAGCUGGUCAGUGAGAAGUAUGGCCACGUCCAAUCGGAGCCUGAUGUUGAAAAGUUGGAGAAAAAGAUCAACUGUGGACAGAUUGAAGAGGUCAUUUUCCAGGCAGAGUGCGAGCUGGCUUUGUCAAGAAAGAUGUCUGAAUGGAAACCAUGGGAACCACUGAUAGACGAACCUCCUCCCAACCAGUGGAAGUGGCCUAUUUGAAGGCAUCUGUGUAUAGUACUGUCAUUAAUCCAAUCAAAUAAAAACACCUGUGUAUAUUAGUGUCAUUAAUUAAAACAAAACACCUGUGUA